AUGACUACAGAAUCGAGAAGAAUAUUAUUGGACAGUACACAUUUCACUGAAAUUCGUAAUGCUAUACGUUCUCGUUCAGUUGCAUGGGAUGCUUUAGCUAGAGCUUCUGAAAUUAGUGAAAUAGAUGCCGCCGUUGCUAAAAAGCUAGAAAACCUUAUUGUUAAAAAUAAUGGUACCGAACAUGAUUUGGAGACUUUAAAGAUUAAUGAAAAUGUUAUCUUACCACUUUUACAUUUGCUUGCUACCUCUAGCAACACGGAUUCUAUCAAAUCUGUAUUAAAUUUGAUUAGUGAACUUUUAUCUUGUGAUGUCACUCACAUUGCAAAUGAUACUGUUGAAUUUUUUAAAAAGAAUCCUGAUCAAUUGAAGAAUUUAUUUGAUGUUUCCUUUAUUGAAUCAUAUGAUCAACAAACUAUUUUAAUAUCGUCCUUUAAUAUUGUUUCUUUAUUAGUUCAAUUUUCUUCCAAGGCUAAUGAAAAGAUGGUUAAACAAUUAUUAGACAAUCAAAAAUUUAUCUCUAUUUUACAAAAUGUUAAUGAAAUGGAAACAUGUUAUGUUACUAUAAGAGAAUUACAAGAAUUAUCUACUAUUCCAGAAUAUCGUCAAUUAAUUUGGAAACAUGAAGAUCAAAUUUUACCAACAAUUUUCCAAAUUAUUAGAAGAUCAAUUAAUAAUAAAAAUAAUUUACCAUAUGAUCAUAAUAGUAAUCAUGAUGGUAAUGAUAAUGUUGUUAUUGUUAAUACUAAUACUAAUAAUCUUGGUAUCCAAUUACAAUAUUAUUCUUUAAUGUUAAUUUGGUUAUUAACAUUUAAUAAUCAAAUUGCAAGUGAAAUUACAAUUAGAUAUUUAAACGAAUUUUUAAAUUUAUUAAAAUUAAUUAAAGUAACAAUAAAGGAAAAAGUUACAAGAGUUUCAAUUUCAAUUUUAUUACAGUGUUGUUCAAGACCAGUUAAAGGUCAUAAGACAUUUAUCAAGAAUUUAAUUUUACUUGGUAAUGGUAUUACAACAUUAGAUAGUUUAACAGGUAGAAAAUAUUCUGAUGAAGAAUUAAGAGAAGGUAUUAUUAAUUUAAAAUCAAUUCUUGAUGAAGAAUAUAAUGAAUUAACCUCAAUUGAUGAAUAUACUGCUGAAUUAAAUUCUAAAUUAAUUUGUUGGUCACCACCUCAUAUUGAUAAUGGAUUUUGGAGUGAUAAUAUUGAUGAAUUUAAGAAAGAUGAUUGGAAAUUAUUUAAGCAAUUAAUUUCUUUAUUAAUUGAAUUUAAAGAAAAAAAUACUGAUAAAGUUAUUAUUCAAAUUCUAUUGAAUGAUAUUACCCACGUUAUUGAUUAUUUACCAGAGAGUGUUGAUAUUUUAAAUAAAAUGAAUGGUAAAGUUAUUAUAAUGGAAUUAUUAAAUAAUAGUGAUUCAAGAGUUAAGUAUGAAGCUUUGAAAGCAACUCAAUCUUUAAUUGGUUACAAAUUCAAAUAA